UUACAGCUCUGCAGACAAACAAUUUUGUUUUUGAACUGAACUAUUCAAGAAUCAACCUUUAGAUAUGCAACUAGUUACAUUGUUUUGCAUUUAUUGUAUUAUAAUAGGUGUUGAGGGGAGUUCAGUAGCUGUUGUAAAAUCAGAUAAAUUCCCUGAUGGAGAAAUACCUCCCUGCUGUCAGGAUUCAACAAUCUUAUCUUGCAAGCCCCUGGAUGUCAAUACAACAUUUUUGGGAGGAAGUGAUACAAUCGGUUUACCUGAAAACAUGACCUUGACGCAAAUUAUGUAUGCAAAUGCUGAUCCGUACAAUUACCUUUACUUUGAAAAUGACGCAUUGUGUGCCUUAAUUUUAAACCCUGACAACUAUGCCAUUCAUGGGCAUUGUCAACUUCUUAAUUCUGGAAAAUCUUUUGAAAUUGAGUACUGCGGCAAGCAUGGUCAUGUUUGGAAGACAAUUGAUAUGGAUUUACUUAAUACACUUGAUAUUGAUUCUCCAGUAGGCGAUUCAUCCAUGGAAAUUAGACAAGACCACAUUGAGCUUAUAAAAAAAACUUCUCUGUUCACGAUAUCAUACUCUGUAAGAGUAUACUACACUCGAGAAUUUGCUGCGGUAACCCCCGACCCUGAUGGUUUUAUUGCCCAAAUGAUCGCUGAAACAAACCAAGGGUAUGCCAUAAGCUCUGUUCCACUGAAAGUGAAGCUCCACUGUGCUGAGUUGGCCUCAAUCAGUGAUGUUUAUGAACGCAAACGGGCACUUUUAAACUUUGUAUACAUGAAAGAUUCAAUUGAAGACCUAAGAGGAAGUGCAGAUGUUGUAAUGCUGUUGGUAAGAAACAUGUCCACCUGUGGUAUAUCUUACUUUAAUGGAAUAGCAACUGGCAAUACUGUUUCGGUGGUUAGAAAAAAUUGUGCUCUGAGUUUGUUCACUGCAGGUCAUGAAAUAGGACAUAACUUUGGAUUACAGCAUGAACCUCAGUCAACUACUAAUCUAUUCCAUCCUGAAGGACAUGGGUUUCUUAUACAACCUAAGAUAAACACUACAGAAGGAUACAGAACUAUUAUGGCCUUAUCACAUGAGGGGCACAAAACCAGGCUAAAUUUGUACUCUAAUGAAGCAAUAUUUCUUUAUUCUAACACAACAGUUGGAGAUAAAAAGUCUAAAAAUGUUCAUGUCCUAAAUGAAAAUAGAUUCAGCAUGGCAGCCAUUGGUGAUGAAUCUAUUAUGUGCCCGUCAAAGGUUGCUAAGAAAUCUGAAGAACUUAAAAUCAAUGGUCCUCCAUCUUCAAAUUCGACUGGAAAUCAAACUGACCCAUUUGGAGUUUUCACUGUAACUACACCAAAAAGCCUUCCAGAUGGUUCACCAGAUGGAUCUUCAGAUGGCUCUCCAUAUGGCUCUUCAGAUAGCUCUGUAGAUGGCUCUCUGGUUGGGGGAAAAACUUUAGAACCUGAUCAAAAUGAAACAGAGAGCCCAACUAAACCUUCCCCAACAACAACUUCUAACUUAUCACUUGAAACAUUAAAAAGUUUGAAUAAUUUGGAUAUUACAAAUGAUACCAAUGGAUUAGGCGAGACAAAAAAUUUUAGUUUAUGUUCUCAGGCUGACUCAUUUCCGGUGCUAAUUUCCCUAUUACAGGAAAAAGUGACUAGAAAUAAUGGAAUACAUCAUUGUGAAAAUGAAUGCCAAGAUAGAAGAGACUGUGAGUACUGGACUUAUAACACUUUCCACAAAGAAUGCUAUAUUUGGAUAUUUGGCUAUGAGUCAUAUAGGACCAGCACAGGGUGGAGAUCAGGACCAAAAAUAUGCGGACGUUUGCCAGAAUUCCCCUGUAAAGAAUCCAACAAAAGAUUCCUUUUGUCUUACCUGGCUGUGAAUUCUAAUCACAUUGAAGAUUGCAAGUCAAAGUGCCUUUCAAGUCCUGAUUGUCAUUAUUGGUCGUUCUUAGAAUUAACAUCUACAAAUCUAAUCAGAUGUCGGCUUUACAGUCUUCAAAGAGCUCAAGGGGGUUGGGUAUCUGGAUUGUAUGAUUGCUAAAUAAACAACAAAAUGAUUUUUAAAA